AUGUUGUCGCGGGAAACGUGCACGUCGUCGGUGUCGUUCGUGUCCUGCCGCAGUGGCAUGCGUGGCGGGGCGCGGCCCUCCGUGGCGACGAUGGAGCUGCUGGAGGCCAUCAACCACGCGGAGGAGCGCGUCACGGCGGCGUGGACGCGCGUCGGCCUCGCGGAGGUUGACCAGCAGAACAAGUGGAACGGGUUCGUCGAGGGGCGGCUCCGCCCCUUUCUCUACGACUACGUUCGCCUGCAGGAGUCGGAGGAGAUGGCCAUUGCUGCGGGAAAUGAUCGGCUCUUUCGCGAGAUGUUCUUCGCCUCGCUGCGGUUGAAGGAGCAGCCGCGGUCGAAGGAGCUGGCGCAGCUGGUGGAAGCGGUGCUCGCGCAGCGGACGAUGGGGGCCACGGCCGGCGAGGGGCAGGCGGAGGCGCACCACGGCGCGGCCCCCAAGGCGAGUGGCUGGGAGAACAGCGGGGAGCCGCAGGCGGACGGCGAGGCAAGAGAGCGCGACGGCUCCGUGACGUUGCCGUCGUUUGUCUCCGUCGUGGCGGCGCCGUCGUCCAAGGCGGACGAACGCGUCUGCUCCCGCAGCGCCUCUCUCCCCUCGCGUGCGCAGGACGACGGCUCGCACGUGCACUGCGACCACGAGCACCGAGUCGCAUCGAUGCCGAUGCCUGACGGCGCUGCCGCGCAGGAUGCGGCGUGUGUGGCGUUUCGGCAGCUGGCGCGAAGCAUGACGCAUCAGCAGCUGCGCCGCAACCUGGAGAGCGAGGUGGAGCGCAUGAACGCCCUUGCCGACACACGACUUCAGCAGCUGUGUUUGCUGUACAAGCAACGUGCUCUGCUACGUCUUUCGCCGCAGGAGCAGGCAUUGAUGCGUGGCCAGUACGCCGAAAAACUUCUUUCUGGGGAACUCCAUACACACUCGCGCAAGGGGCAUCAGCCGACAGCAGCUGUGCCAACGGCCGGAUGCAGCAGCAAUAGCCGCGAGGGGGGGACCAUGACCCCAGGCCUCUCCUCUGCUCGUGCUACGACCUGUCGCAGCUGCCGCUCCGGCGCGAAGGACGAGUUGGACCUGCUCUCCGAUUCCUUGCCAGAGGGGCUGCGUGUGGAGGCUGACGGCCCGCAACUGUGCGGGCACAACCAGGGCGAGGCGCCCGGCGCAGAGUCACAGGAGGAGUUCCCAGGACGUGGAACAAUCUUUGAGGUGGACUUGGGGGAUGUGACUCGGUUUGGCAGGCGCCAGGACUUGUCGUUGACCCGCAUCGACGCGGAAACUCAAGAAAUCUACGAGGAAAUUGUCGCACAGAACCUGCGCAUGGCCGCGCAGGCAGAGAAGGAGCUGCAAUGUGUAGAGGAAGUUUGGCGGUUGUUUGAGGACGGCGCGAGCUGCAGUGGCGACGGCGGCGGCGGUGGCGGGCUGCAAGCCACGCGGGCGGAGGGAGACGAAGACGACGUCGGUAUCGUUCGAGGCGUCCCGUCGAGGCAUGAGUUUUUUUGCCGCCUCACGCAGAUGCGCCGCGAGUACGAAAACCAAGAGAGCGCCGUGGAGGAGAGUUUUGACCGCCUGCCAGGGCCCACGCAUGGCACUGCCGGCAACGACGGCAAUGACGUGGAGGAGCACAACAACGGCGGCAGCGCGACGCUGCCCAUCUUGCAGGCGCCACAAAGCGCGAGGCCGCCGGGGUGUUCGAAUUGUCUGGCCAACCUCGCAGAGGGUAGUCACAUGGGCGCCGCUGCCACGGGCGGCGCCACAAACCAGCUUCCAGCGCCACUGGUUAAGCUAUUCACCACCCGCUCCUACGCGCCCAUUCUUGCUUACAUUGUCACAGUGCGGGAGGGUCUGCAACGCCGCUUGCUUCAGAGCCGUGUUCAGUGCGCCCAGGACGUCACAUCGCAGCUUACAGAGCUGUACCGCUGCUACUUUGAAAAAACCCGUGAUACGGCGUACUACGUGGCGCCUGACUACUCGCAGUGGCUGCAGGAAAACGCGGAAGCGGUGGCGGCGGACCGGCGAGCUCGGCCCCACCCGACCUGCGGCAAAGACACAAGCGGUGGGAGAGGGCUCUGGCAAGAGUUUUUGGCAGACUUUACGCCCCGCGACGGCAAUGACGUUCUCUGUGAACGCCUUGCGGAGGUGCAGCACGUUGUUAGUCGGGCCGGCGCCGAGGCCAAUCUAUUGCGCCACCGUUUACGGAUACUUGACGAGGCCGAGCCGCUGCUGCGGCGGCGGUCGGAAAUUCUCGAGCAGCAGCGCGCCAUUCAGGAGGGCAGCCGGGAUCGCCUGCUCAGCAAGAAGAUCAACAUGGCAAAGCAGCUGCUGUUUGAGGAAAAUGCACGCCGCCAGUUUGCGCGGGAGCUGCCGAAGAUUUACGAGCAGCUGGAAGAGUUGCUGCGCCGGUGGAACGAGACGAUGGCGGCCGACGAGGGUCUUCAUCACAGCAACGGCGCCCCUGCGGUCAGACGAUUAGUUCUGCACGGCACUGUCAUUGCGGACAUUGUGAGGCAGUUUCGCGACGACGACGCCGCACACGCGCACGGUCGCUGCGGCCGCUCGCCGCCGCCCACUCGCAGGGAUGGCACUGGAUUCCUGACGCCGCAGCGAACCCCGCACGCGGCACGCCCCAUCCCCCACCACGAGCCUCACCCACAUCAGACACACGUAGAAAAACAACAAGGGCAAGAGCACGCUGCCGCCUCCCUUUCGCCGCCGCCGCCGCGUUUCAUUGCCAAGACUCACUGUGCGCCGCUGACGCCUGUGCGUGCCAAGUUGCACGUCGCAAAGAAGGGCACCCACCCUGCGAGUAGUGUUAGCCCCCUUCCGGUGAAGCGGACGGCGCUCCUCGCGGGUCGACGAGGCGUGCGAUCGGCGCCGUCCGUGAAUGAGUUUUUGCAGCGCCAGCCCCGGGCGGCCCCAGCGGGGUGCAGCUCCUCCAAAGGCAAACCGACCUCUGUGUCUCCACGACCCAACACCCCCACGAAAAAGUGA